UUCUCCAGUGAAGGUCUCCACUGCCCAAACCCAAACUCUGCCAUUCUCCAUAGCCCGGAGUUGCAAGCACACUGAGGGAACCCAGCACGGUGUGACAGAAAGAGAGAGAGCAAGUGACAAAGUAACUAAUAAAACCAGAGAAAUAUACAGUGAGGCUUCGUGCCUCGAGAAGGAACGACAGAGUACACGAAUACGUUCAAGUUGGUGAAGAAAACGUGGUGGAAAAGUUUUCUGGGCUGUGGCAGAAAGCUGUGGACCGCUGAAGAUGCUAGAGCAAAGGUGUUGAACUUUCCAGGAAAUAACAAGGGCUGGCACGGUCCACGCUAGGGGACAGGCUAAGAAGUAACACAUCAGGUACAUCUUCAGGAUGGCUGAUGAGCAGGACACAAGGGAAGUGCUUUUCCCACAGUGGAUGGGCCCUGAUAAGCAUGGGCUCACCAUUGAACAAAAAGGUCAAGGAGAGAUUUUUGUCAAAGAGGUGAAAGAUGAGUCCCCUGCUGCACAUACUGGGAAUGUAUAUGAAGGUGACCAGAUUGUCGGGGCCACCAUUUACUUUGACAACAUGAGCUCAGAAGAAACAGCUGAACUACUAAAGACUCUAAACCAACAUAAGGUUGGACUAAAAUUACAAAACAAGACUGGAGACAAGUCACCUUGCCGUUCUCCAAUGGGGACAUUGUCAUGGGAAGGACGUGGAGGGUUAGGAGGCUCUAGUUCAGACAUUUUCCUAAGUGGGGAUGACGAAGACUAUAAAAGAAUCUACACUAAGAAAAUUAAACCAAGACUAAAGUCUGAGGAUCUUGCUGAGGGUGUUGAUGUAUGCACAGAACGUCACAGCAGCACAAGCAGUGAUGGUUGCACCAUUACUACAAUCACUCGUCGAAUAACUACCUACACUGUGGAUGUGCCUGGGGGGACUAGUCAGCAGAUUGAUCACUCAAGCCCUGAGUUCAAAAUUCAGGUCUUGCAACAUGAGCAGUCGGAGGGGGAUACUACUCAGAUCAGAUUACCACAUAGUAGCCUUGUUAGUGGUGUACACGGAGGUAUAAAAAUGGGUGACAUAUCUCUUAGCGGGCCCCAUAUGACUGGCUCCUCUGUGAAGCACUGUAGCACAGGAUCUUCCAAAACAACAAGUGAAUUAGAUGGUAGUGGGAAAGAAAUGACAUCUAAUGUGUCAGACACUGGACUGUCAGGUGGAAAAGGACAGUGGGGGAUAAAACAUUUUCAAAGGACUGAAGCUUCUGCAGGGAGUAGUGAACACUCUGGCAAAGUUACCAUGGGCUUAGGCAAAGACGUGAAAAAUAUUUAUUCUCCAAGUAUGAUGGGAGUAACUGAGCUUUCUACAGUGAAGGACUCUCAUGUUUCAGGUUUUUCCAUUAGUGGAGAUACAGGGGACAGUAUUGGGAGAGAAUCUUUGUAUAAAUUUCAUAAGGAUGGGUCUGAUGAUAAAACCAAAUUGUCUAAAGUUACCAUAGAUGUUCAGAGACCCAAGGAAAGUCCAAAUGUAGAGGUGAAUUUUAACAAUCAAAAUCUUAAAGAUGUUAGUCAGAGAGGUUUUAGCAUAACUGGGAAUCAGGAAAUUUCAGCUCAGGAACCUGAUACAGUAGUAAGUCUCUCCAAAGCUGAUGUUAAAAUCACACCACCAGAUAUGAACAUUAGAGGUCUGGAGCUUAAAAUUGAAGGAUAUAAGGGUAUGGUCAAAGAUGUUAAAUUUGAUGUGCCGUCAAAUACUGCUCAAAGAAUUUCUAUGCCAGAUGUGGAUUUGAACCUGAAAGGACAAAAAGCGAAAGGAGAUUUGUCUGCUCCAAAUGUUGAGGGAGUCAAAGGUGACUUUACUGUUCCAAAAGUCAAAAUACCCUCAUUUGGAAUAAAAACUUCAGAAAUGAAGGGUCCUGAUGUUGAUGCAAAUCUUGCCAAAGUCAAAAUGGAGAUUAAAACACAAGAUGUGGAUAUGAAUACUCCAGGCCUUAACAUUGUGAGAUCUGAAGGAAAAGUUAAAGAUCCCAAAAUCAAAAUGCCACCAAUCUCUGGUCCUAAGAUUUCAGUGUCUGACAUGAACUUAAAUGUAAAAGGGUCAACACUGAAAGAUGACAUCAACGUGUCUACUCCAAAAGUGGAAGGAGAUGUUAAGGCACCUAAGAUUGAAGGUCCAGAACUUCAAGGUACUGAUGGUGGUUUUAAAAUACCAAAAAUCAAAAUGCCUUCAUUUGGAAUCCAUGCUUCAAAUGUGGAGGGCCCUGAUGUUGAUGUAAAUCUUCCCAAGGCUGACAUGAAAAUCAAAAGUCCAGAGCUUGACAUUAAUGGAUGUGAGGGAAAAAUCAACGGCUCCAAAUUCAAAAUGUCUAUGCCAGAUGUUGACCUCAAUCUGAAAGGUCCAAAACUGAAAGGUGAUGUAGAUGUUUCUGUUCCAAAAGUGGAAGGAGAUAUUAAAGCACCAAAAGCUGAGAUAGAACGCCCAGACAUAGAAGGACCUGAGAGUGGAUUUAAGAUGCCAAAGAGCAAAAUGCCAUCAUUUGGAAUGAAAGGUCCAAAAGUGGACCUGAAAGGUCCAAAACUGAAAGGUGAUCUUGAUGUGUCCAUUCCCAAAGUGGAAGGAGAUCUUAAAGCACCAAAAGUUGAGAUUGAAGGCCCAGACAUUGAAGGACCUGAUGGUCGUUUUAAGAUGCCAAAAUUCCACAUGCCAUCAUUCGGAAUGAAGGGUCCAAAAGUGGAGGGUCCAGAUGUCGAUGUGAAAAUCCCUGAAUCCGAUAUUGAAGUUCAUGCACCAGAUGUGGAUAUCAAAGCUCCAGAGUUAGACAUUGAAGGACCUGAGGGAAAAAUCAAGGGCCCCAAAUUCAAGAUCCCAUCAAUCUCUGGCCCAAAGAUUUCUAUGCCAGAUGUUGACUUCAACCUGAAAGGUCCAAAACUGAAAGGUGAUGCUGACAUGUCCAUUCCCAAAGUGGAAGGAGAAAUUAAAGCACCAAAAGUUGAAAUUGAAGGCCCAGAUAUUGAAGGACAUGAGGGAGGGUUUAAGAUGCCAAAAAUGAAAGUGCCAUUAUUCGGAGUGAAGGGUCCAAAAGUGGAGGGUCCAGAUGUUGAUGUGAAAAUCCCUACAGCUGAUAUUGGAGUUAAGGCUCCAGAUGUGGAUAUCAAAGCUCCAGAGUUAGACAUUGAAGGAUCUGAGGGAAAAAUCAAGGGCCCCAAAUUCAAGAUCCCAUCAAUCUCUGGCCCAAAGAUUUCUACGCCAGAUGUUGACUUCAACCUGAAAGGUCCAAAACUGAAAGGGGAUGUUGACAUGUCCAUUCCCAAAGUGGAAAGAGAUCUUAAAGCACCAAAAGUUGAGAUUGAAGGCCCAGACAUUGAAGGACCUGAUGGUCAUUUUAAGAUGCCAAAAUUCCACAUGCCAUCAUUCGGAAUGAAAAGUACAAAAGUGAAGUGUCCAGAUGUUGAUGUGAAAAUCCCUGAAGCUGAUAUUGAAGUUAAAGCACCAGAUGUGAAUAUCAAUGCUCCAGAGUUAGACAUUGAAGGACCUGAGGCAAAAAUCAAGGGCCCCAAGUUCAAGAUCCCAUCAAUCUCUGGCCCAAAGAUUUCUAUGCCAGAUGUUGACUUCAACUUGAAAGGUCCAAAACUGAAAGGCGAUGUUGACGUGUCCAUUCCCAAAGUGGAAGGAGAAAUUAAAGCACCAAAAGUUGAAAUUGAAGGCCCAGAUAUUGAAGGACCUGAGGGAGGGUUUAAGAUGCCAAAAAUGAAAAUGCCAUCAUUUGGAGUGAAGGGUCCAAAAGUGGAGGGACCAGAUGUUGAUGUGAAAAUCCCAAAAGCCGAAAUUGAAGUUAAUGCACCAGAUAUGGAUAUCAAUGCUCCGGAGUUAUACAUUGAUGGACCUGAGGGAAAAAUCAAGGGCCCCAAAUUCAAGAUCCCAUCAAUCUCUGGCCCAAAGAUUUCUAAGCCAGAUGUUGACUUCAACCUGAAAGGUCCAAAACUGAAAGGUGAUGUUGACGUGUCCAUUCCUAAAGUGGAAGGAGAUCUUAAAGCACCAAAAGUUGAGAUUGAAGGCCCAGAAAAUGAAGGAUGUGAGGGUGGGUUUAAGAUGCCAAAGUUCCGCAUGCCAUCAUUUGGAAUGAAGGGUCCAAAAGUGGAGGGUCCAGAUGUUGAUGUGAAAAUCCCUAAAGCCGAUAUUGAAGUCAUGGCACCAGAAGUAGACAUCAAAGCUCCAGAGUUAGACAUUGAAGGACCUGAGGGAAAAAUCAAGGGCCCCAAAUUCAAGAUCCCAUCAAUCUCUGGCCCAAAGAUUUCUAUGCCAGAUGUUGAUUUCAACCUGAAAGGUCCAAAACUGAAAGGCGAUGUUGACGUAUCCAUUCCUAAAGUGGAAGGAGAUCUUAAAGCACCAAAAGUUGAGAUUGAAGGCCCAGACAUUGAAGGGCCUGAUGGUCGUUUUAAGAUGCCAGAGUUCCACAUGCCAUCAUUCGGAAUGAAGGGUCCAAAAGUGGAGAGUCCAGAUGUUGAUGUGAAAAUCCCUAAAGCUGAUAUUAAAGUUAAUGCACCAGAUAUGGAUAUCAAUGCUCCAGAGUUAGACAUUGAAGGACCUGAGGGAAAAAUCAAGGGCCCCAAAUUCAAGAUCCCAUCAAUCUCUGGCCCCAAGAUUUCUAUGCCAGAUGUUGACUUCAACCUGAGAGGUCCAAAACUGAAAGGUGAUGUUGACAUAUCCAUUCCUAAAGUGGAAGGAGAUCUUAAAGCACCAAAAGUUGAGAUUGAAGGCCCAGACAUUGAAGGACCUGAUGGUCAUUUUAAGAUGCCAAAGUUCCACAUGCCAUCAUUUGGAAUGAAGGGUCCAAAAGUGGAGGGUCCAGAUGUUGAUGUGAAAAUCCCUAAAGCUGAUAUUGGAGUUAAGGCUCCAGAUAUGGACAUCAAAGCUCCAGAGUUAGACAUUGAAGGACCUGAGGGAAAAAUCAAGGGCCCCAAAUUCAAGAUCCCAUCAAUCUCUGGCCCAAAGAUUUAUAUGCCAGAUGUUGACUUCAACCUGAAAGGUCCAAAACUGAAAGGUGAUGUUGACAUGUCCAUUCCCAAAGUCAAAAGAGAUCUUAAAGCACCAAAAGUUGAGAUUGAAGGCCCAGACAUUGAAGGAUCUGAUGGUCAUUUUAAGAUGCCAAAAUUCCACAUGCCAUCAUUCGGAAUGAAAGGUACAAAAGUGAAGGGUCCAGAUGUUGAUGUGAAAAUCCCUAAAGCUGAUAUUGAAGUUAAUGCACCAGAACUGGACAUCAAAGCUCCAGAGUUAGACAUUGAAGGACCUGGGGGAAAAAUCAAGGGCCCCAAGUUCAAGAUCUCAUCAAUCUCUGGCCCAAAGAUUUCUAUGCCAGAUGUUGACUUCAACCUGAAAGGUCCAAAACUGAAAGGUGAUGUUGACGUGUCCAUUCCCAAAGUGGAAGGAGAAAUUAAAGCACCAAAAGUUGAAAUUGAAGGCCCAGAUAUUGAAGGACCUGAGGGAGGGUUUAAGAUGCCAAAAAUGAAAAUGCCAUCAUUCGGAGUGAAGGGUCCAAAAGUGGAGGGUCCAGAUGUUGAUGUGAAAAUCCCUAAAGCUGAUAUUGAAGUUAAUGCACCAGAACUGGACAUCAAAGCUCCAGAGUUAGACAUUGAAGGACCUGAGGGAAAAAUCAAGGGCCCCAAAUUCAAGAUGCCAACAGUGUCUGGUCCAAAGAUGUCUAUGCCAGAUGUUGACUUCAACCUGAAAGGUCCAAAACUGAAAGGAGAUGUUGACGUGUCCAUUCCUAAAGUGGAAGGAGAAAUUAAAGCACCAAAAGUUGAGAUUGAAGGCCCAGAAAAUGAAGGACGUGAGGGUGGUUUUAAGAUACCAAAGUUCCACAUGCCAUCAUUUGGAAUGAAGGGUACAAAAGUGAAGGGUCCAGAUGUUGAUGUGAAAAUCCCUAAAGCUGAUAUUGAAGUUAAUGCACCAGAUUUGGAUAUCAAAGCUCCUGAGUUAGACAUUGAAGUACCUGAGGGAAAAAUCAAGGGCCCCAAGUUCAAGAUCCCAUCAAUCUCUGGUCCAAAGCUUUCUAUGCCAGACUUUGACUUCAACCUGAAAGGUCCAAAACUGAAAGGUGAUAUUGAUGUGUCCAUUCCCAAAGUGGAAGGAGACCUUAAAGCACCAAAAGUUGAGAUUGAAGGCCCAGACAUCGAAGGACCUGAUGGUCGUUUUAAGAUGCCAAAAUUCCACAUGCCAUCAUUCGGAGUGAAGGGUCCAAAAGUGGAGGGUCCAGAUGUCCAUGUGAAAAUCCCUAAAGCCGAUAUUGAAGUUAAUGCACCAGAUGUGGAAAUCAAAGCUCCAGAGUUAGACAUUGAAGGACCUGAGGGAAAAAUCAAGGGCCCCAAAUUCAAGAUCCCAUCAAUCUCUGGCCCAAAGAUUUCUAUGCCAGAUGUUGACUUCAACCUGAAAGGUCCAAAACUGAAAGGUGACGUUGACGUGUCCAUUCCCAAAGUGGAAGGAGAUCUUAAAGCACCAAAAGUUGAGAUUGAAGGCCCAGACAUUGAAGGACCUGAUGGUCGUUUUAAGAAGCCAAAAUUCCGCAUGCCAUCAUUUGGAAUGAAGGGUCCAAAAGUCGAGGGUCCAGAUGUUGAUGUGAAAAUCCCUAAAGCUGAUAUUGAAGUUAAUGCACCAGAUGUGGAUUUCAAAGCUCCUGAGUUAGACAUUGAAGGACCUGAGGGAAAAAUCAAGGGCCCCAAGUUCAAGAUCCCAUCAAUCGUUGGCCCAAAGAUUUCUAUGCCAGAUGUUGACUUCAACCUGAAAGGUCCAAAAAUGAAAGGUGAUGUUGACGUGUCCAUUCCCAAAGUGGAAGGAGAUCUUAAAGCACCAAAAGUUGAGAUUGAAGGCCCAGACGUUGAAGGACCUGAUGGUCAUUUUAAGAUGCCAAAAUUCCACAUGCCAUCAUUCGGAAUGAAGGGUCCAAAAGUGGAGGGUCCAGAUGUCGAUGUGAAAAUCCCUAAAGCCGUUAUUGAAGUUCAUGCACCAGAUAUGGAUAUCAAAGCUUCAGAGUUAGACAUUGAAGGACCUGAGGGAAAAAUCAAGGGCCCCAAGUUCAAGAUCCCAUCAAUCUCUGGCCCAAAGAUUUCUAUGCCAGAUGUUGACUUCAACCUGAAAGGUCCAAAACUGAAAGGUGAUGUUGACGUGUCCAUUCCCAAAGUGGAAGGAGAUCUUAAAGCACCAAAAGUUGAGAUUGAAGGCCCAGACGUUGAAGGACCUGAUGGUCAUUUUAAGAUGCCAAAAUUCCACAUGCCAUCAUUCGGAAUGAAGGGUCCAAAAGUGGAGGGUCCAGAUGUUGAUGUGAAAAUCCCUGAAGCCAAUAUUGAAGUUAAUGCACCAGAUGUGGAUAUCAAAGCUCCAGAGUUGGACAUUGAAGGACCUGAGGGAAAAAUCAAGGGCCCCAAAUUUAAGAUCCCAUCAAUCUCUGGCCCAAAGAUUUCUAUGCCAGAUGUUGACUUCAACCUGAAAGGUCCAAAACUGAAAGGUGAUGUUGACAUGUCCAUUCCCAAAGUGGAAGGAGAUCUUAAAGCACCAAAAGUUGAGAUUGAAGGCCCAGACAUUGAAGGACCUGAGGGUCACUUUAAGAUGCCAAAGUUCCGCAUGCCAUCAUUCGGAAUGAAGGGUCCAAAAGUGGAGGGUCCAGAUGUUGAUGUGAAAAUCCCUAAAGCCAAUAUUGAAGUUAAGGCUCCAGAUGUGGAUUUCAAAGCUCCAGAGUUAGACAUUGAAGGACCUGAGGGAAAAAUCAAGGGCCCCAAAUUCAAGAUCCCAUCAAUCUCUGGCCCAAAGAUUUCUAUGCCAGAUGUUGACUUCAACCUGAAAGGUCCAAAACUGAAAGGUGAUAUUGACAUGUCCAUUCCCAAAGUGGAAGGAGAUCUUAAAGCACCAAAAGUUGAGAUUGAAGGCCCAGACAUUGAAGGACCUGAUGGUCAUUUUAAGAUGCCAAAGUUCCACAUGCCAUCAUUCGGAAUGAAGGGUCCAAAAGUGGAGGGUCCAGAUGUUGAUGUGAAAAUCCCUAAAGCUGAUAUUGGAGUUAAGGCUCCAGAUUUGGACAUCAAUGCUCCAGAGUUACACAUUGAAGGACCUGAGGGAAAAAUCAAGGGCCCCAAAUUCAAGAUCCCAUCAAUCUCUGGCCCAAAUAUUUCUAUGCCAGAUGUUGACUUCAACCUGAAAGGUCCAAAACUGAAAGGUGAUGUUGACGUGUCCAUUCCCAAAGUGGAAGGAGAUCUUGAAGCACCAAAAGUUGAGAUUGAAGGCCCAGACAUUGAAGGACAUGAUGGUCGUUUUAAGAAGCCAAAAUUCCGCAUGCCAUCAUUUGGAAUGAAGGGUCCAAAAGUCGAGGGUCCAGAUGUUGAUGUGAAAAUCCCUAAAGCUGAUAUUGAAGUUAAUGCACCAGAUGUGGAUUUCAAAGCUCCUGAGUUAGACAUUGAAGGACCUGAGGGAAAAAUCAAGGGCCCCAAGUUCAAGAUCCCAUCAAUCGUUGGCCCAAAGAUUUCUAUGCCAGAUGUUGACUUCAACCUGAAAGGUCCAAAAAUGAAAGGUGAUGUUGACGUGUCCAUUCCCAAAGUGGAAGGAGAUCUUAAAGCACCAAAAGUUGAGAUUGAAGGCCCAGACGUUGAAGGACCUGAUGGUCAUUUUAAGAUGCCAAAAUUCCACAUGCCAUCAUUCGGAAUGAAGGGUCCAAAAGUGGAGGGUCCAGAUGUCGAUGUGAAAAUCCCUAAAGCCGUUAUUGAAGUUCAUGCACCAGAUAUGGAUAUCAAAGCUUCAGAGUUAGACAUUGAAGGACCUGAGGGAAAAAUCAAGGGCCCCAAGUUCAAGAUCCCAUCAAUCUCUGGCCCAAAGAUUUCUAUGCCAGAUGUUGACUUCAACCUGAAAGGUCCAAAACUGAAAGGUGAUGUUGACGUGUCCAUUCCCAAAGUGGAAGGAGAUCUUAAAGCACCAAAAGUUGAGAUUGAAGGCCCAGACGUUGAAGGACCUGAUGGUCAUUUUAAGAUGCCAAAAUUCCACAUGCCAUCAUUCGGAAUGAAGGGUCCAAAAGUGGAGGGUCCAGAUGUUGAUGUGAAAAUCCCUGAAGCCAAUAUUGAAGUUAAUGCACCAGAUGUGGAUAUCAAAGCUCCAGAGUUGGACAUUGAAGGACCUGAGGGAAAAAUCAAGGGCCCCAAAUUUAAGAUCCCAUCAAUCUCUGGCCCAAAGAUUUCUAUGCCAGAUGUUGACUUCAACCUGAAAGGUCCAAAACUGAAAGGUGAUGUUGACAUGUCCAUUCCCAAAGUGGAAGGAGAUCUUAAAGCACCAAAAGUUGAGAUUGAAGGCCCAGACAUUGAAGGACCUGAGGGUCACUUUAAGAUGCCAAAGUUCCGCAUGCCAUCAUUCGGAAUGAAGGGUCCAAAAGUGGAGGGUCCAGAUGUUGAUGUGAAAAUCCCUAAAGCCAAUAUUGAAGUUAAGGCUCCAGAUGUGGAUUUCAAAGCUCCAGAGUUAGACAUUGAAGGACCUGAGGGAAAAAUCAAGGGCCCCAAAUUCAAGAUCCCAUCAAUCUCUGGCCCAAAGAUUUCUAUGCCAGAUGUUGACUUCAACCUGAAAGGUCCAAAACUGAAAGGUGAUAUUGACAUGUCCAUUCCCAAAGUGGAAGGAGAUCUUAAAGCACCAAAAGUUGAGAUUGAAGGCCCAGACAUUGAAGGACCUGAUGGUCAUUUUAAGAUGCCAAAGUUCCACAUGCCAUCAUUCGGAAUGAAGGGUCCAAAAGUGGAGGGUCCAGAUGUUGAUGUGAAAAUCCCUAAAGCUGAUAUUGGAGUUAAGGCUCCAGAUUUGGACAUCAAUGCUCCAGAGUUACACAUUGAAGGACCUGAGGGAAAAAUCAAGGGCCCCAAAUUCAAGAUCCCAUCAAUCUCUGGCCCAAAUAUUUCUAUGCCAGAUGUUGACUUCAACCUGAAAGGUCCAAAACUGAAAGGUGAUGUUGACGUGUCCAUUCCCAAAGUGGAAGGAGAUCUUGAAGCACCAAAAGUUGAGAUUGAAGGCCCAGACAUUGAAGGACAUGAGGGUCACUUUAAGAUGCCAAAGUUCCGCAUGCCAUCAUUCGGAAUGAAGGGUCCAAAAGUGGAGGUUCCAGAUGUUGAUGUGAAAAUCCCUAAAGCCGAUAUUGGAGUUAAGGCUCCAGAUGUGGACAUCAAUGAUCCAGAGUUACACAUUGAAGGACCUGAGGGAAAAACCAAGGGCCCCAAAUUCAAGAUCCCAUCGAUCUCUGGCCCAAAUAUUUCUAUGCCAGAUGUUGACUUCAACCUGAAAGGUCCAAAACUGAAAGGUGAUGUUGACGUGUCCAUUCCCAAAGUGGAAGGAGAUCUUAAAGCACCAAAAGUUGAGAUUGAAGGCCCACACAUUGAAGGACCUGAUGGUCGUUUUAAGAUGCCAAAAUUCCACAUGCCAUCAUUCGGAAUGAAGGGUCCAAAAGAGGAGGGUCCAGAUGUUGAUGUGAAAAUCCCUAAAGUUGAUAUUGAAGUUAAUGCACCAGAUGUGGAUAUCAAAGCUCCAGAGUUAGAAAUUGAAGGACCUGAGGGAAAAAUCAAGGGCCCCAAAUUUAACAUGCCAUCAAUCUCUGGUCCAAAGCUUUCUAUGCCAGACUUUGACUUCAACCUGAAAGGUCCAAAACUGAAAGGUGAUAUUGAUGUGUCCAUUCCCAAAGUGGAAGGAGAUCUUAAAGCACCAAAAGUUGAGAUUGAAGGCCCAGACAUUGAAGGACCUCAGGGUCGCUUUAAGAUGCCAAAGUUCCGCAUGCCAUCAUUUGGAAUGAAGGGUCCAAAAAUGGAGGGACCAGAUGUUGAUGUGAAAAUCCCUAAAGCCGAUAUUGAAGUUAAUGCGCCAGAUUUGGAUAUCAAAGCUCCAGAGUUAGACAUUGAAGGACCUGAGGGAAAAAUCAAGGGCCCCAAAUUCAAGAUCCCAUCAAUCUCUGGCCCAAAGAUUUCUAUGCCAGAUGUUGACUUCAACCUGAAAGGUCCAAAACUGAAAGGUGAUAUUGACGUGUCCAUUCCCAAAGUGGAAGGAGAUCUUAAAGCACCAAAAGUUGAGAUUGAAGGCUCAGACAUUGAAGGACUUGAUGGUCGUUUUAAGAUGCCAAAGUUCCACAUGCCAUCAUUCGGAAUGAAGGGUCCAAAAGUGGAGGGUCCAGAUGUUGAUGUGAAAAUCCCUAAAGCUGAUGUUGGAGUUAAGGCUCCAGAUAUGGACAUCCACGCUCCAGAGUUACACAUUGAAGGACCUGAGGGAAAAAUCAAGGGCCCCAAAUUCAAGAUCCCAUCAAUCUCUGGCCCAAAUAUUUCUAUGCCAAAUGUUGACUUCAACCUGAAAGGUCCAAAUCUGAAAGGUGAUGUUGACUUGUCCAUUCCCAAAGUGGAAGGAGAUCUUAAAGCACCAAAAGUUGAGAUUGAAGGCCCAGACAUUGAAGGACCUGAUGGUCGUUUUAAGAUGCCAAAAUUCCACAUGCCAUCAUUCGGAAUGAAGGGUCCAAAAGUGGAGGGUCCAGAUGUUGAUGUUAAAAUCCCUAAAGUUGAUAUUGAAGUUAAUGCACCAGAUGUGGAUAUGAAAGCUCCAGAGUUAGAAAUUGAAGGACCUGAGGGAAAAAUCAAGGGCCCCAAAUUUAACAUGCCAUCAAUCUCUAGUCCAAAGCUUUCUAUGCCAGAUUUUGACUUCAACCUGAAAGGUCCAAAACUGAAAGGUGAUAUUGAUGUGUCCAUUCCCAAAGUGGAAGGAGAUCUUGAAGCACCAAAAGUUGAGAUUGAAGGCCCAGACAUUGAAGGACAUGAGGGUCGCUUUAAGAUGCCAAAGUUCCGCAUGCCAUCAUUCGGAAUGAAGGGUCCAAAAGUGGAGGUUCCAGAUGUUGAUGUGAAAAUCCCUAAAGCCGAUAUUGGAGUUAAGGCUCCAGAUGUGGACAUCAAUGAUCCAGAGUUACACAUUGAAGGACCUGAGGGAAAAACCAAGGGCCCCAAAUUCAAGAUCCCAUCGAUCUCUGGCCCAAAUAUUUCUAUGCCAGAUGUUGACUUCAACCUGAAAGGUCCAAAACUGAAAGGUGAUGUUGACGUGUCCAUUCCCAAAGUGGAAGGAGAUCUUAAAGCACCAAAAGUUGAGAUUGAAGGCCCACACAUUGAAGGACCUGAUGGUCGUUUUAAGAUGCCAAAAUUCCACAUGCCAUCAUUCGGAAUGAAGGGUCCAAAAGAGGAGGGUCCAGAUGUUGAUGUGAAAAUCCCUAAAGUUGAUAUUGAAGUUAAUGCACCAGAUGUGGAUAUCAAAGCUCCAGAGUUAGAAAUUGAAGGACCUGAGGGAAAAAUCAAGGGCCCCAAAUUUAACAUGCCAUCAAUCUCUGGUCCAAAGCUUUCUAUGCCAGACUUUGACUUCAACCUGAAAGGUCCAAGACUGAAAGGUGAUAUUGAUGUGUCCAUUCCCAAAGUGGAAGGAGAUCUUAAAGCACCAAAAGUUGAGAUUGAAGGCCCAGACAUUGAAGGACCUCAGGGUCGCUUUAAGAUGCCAAAGUUCCGCAUGCCAUCAUUUGGAAUGAAGGGUCCAAAAGUGGAGGGACCAGAUGUUGAUGUGAAAAUCCCUAAAGCCGAUAUUGAAGUUAAUGCGCCAGAUUUGGAUAUCAAAGCUCCAGAGUUAGACAUUGAAGGACCUGAGGGAAAAAUCAAGGGCCCCAAAUUCAAGAUCCCAUCAAUCUCUGGCCCAAAGAUUUCUAUGCCAGAUGUUGACUUCAACCUGAAAGGUCCAAAACUGAAAGGUGAUAUUGACGUGUCCAUUCCCAAAGUGGAAGGAGAUCUUAAAGCACCAAAAGUUGAGAUUGAAGGCUCAGACAUUGAAGGACUUGAUGGUCAUUUUAAGAUGCCAAAGUUCCACAUGCCAUCAUUCGGAAUGAAGGGUCCAAAAGUGGAGGGUCCAGAUGUUGAUGUGAAAAUCCCUAAAGCUGAUGUUGGAGUUAAGGCUCCAGAUAUGGACAUCCACGCUCCAGAGUUACACAUUGAAGGACCUGAGGGAAAAAUCAAGGGCCCCAAAUUCAAGAUCCCAUCAAUCUCUGGCCCAAAUAUAUCUAUGCCAAAUGUUGACUUCAACCUGAAAGGUCCAAAUCUGAAAGGUGAUGUUGACGUGUCCAUUCCCAAAGUGGAAGGAGAUCUUAAAGCACCAAAAGUUGAGAUUGAAGGCCCAGACAUUGAAGGACCUGAUGGUCGUUUUAAGAUGCCAAAAUUCCACAUGCCAUCAUUCGGAAUGAAGGGUCCAAAAGUGGAGGGUCCAGAUGUUGAUGUGAAAAUCCCUAAAGUUGAUAUUGAAGUUAAUGCACCAGAUGUGGAUAUCAAAGCUCCAGAGUUAGAAAUUGAAGGACCUGAGGGAAAAAUCAAGGGCCCCAAAUUUAACAUGCCAUCAAUCUCUGGUCCAAAGCUUUCUAUGCCAGACUUUGACUUCAAAAUGAAAGGUCCAAAACUGAAAGGUGAUAUUGACGUGUCCAUUCCCAAAGUGGAAGGAGAUCUUAAAGCACCAAAAGUUGAGAUUGAAGGCCCAGACAUUGAAGGACCUGAUGAUCGUUUUAAGAUGCCAAAAUUCCACAUGCCAUCAUUCGGAAUGAAGGGUCCAAAAGUGGAGGGUCCAGAUGUCGAUGUGAAAAUCCCUAAAUCCGAUAUUGAAGUUAAUGCACCAGAACUGGACGUCAAAGCUCCCGAGUUAGACAUUAAAGGACCUGAGGGAAAAAUCAAGGGCCCCAAAUUCAAGAUCCCAUCAAUCUCUGGCCCAAAGAUUUCUAUGCCAGAUGUUGACUUCAACCUGAAAGGUCCAAAACUGAAAGGUGAUGUUGACAUGUCCAUUCCCAAAGUUGAAGGAGAUCUUAAAGCACCAAAAGUUGAGAUUGAAGGCCCAGACAUUGAAGGACCUGAUGGUCGUUUUAAGAUGCCAAAGUUCCACAUGCCAUCAUUUGGAAUGAAGGGUCCAAAAGUGGAGGGUCCAGAUGUUGAUGUGAAAAUCCCUAAAGUUGAUAUUGAAGUUAAUGCACCAGAUGUGGAUAUCAAAGCUCCAGAGUUAGAAAUUGAAGGACCUGAGGGAAAAAUCAAGGGCCCCAAAUUUAACAUGCCAUCAAUCUCUGGUCCAAAGCUUUCUAUGCCAGACUUUGACUUCAACCUGAAAGGUCCAAAACUGAAAGGUGAUAUUGACAUGUCCAUUCCCAAAGUGGAAGGAGAUCUUAAAGCACCAAAAGUUGAGAUUGAAGGCCCAGACAUUGAAAGAGCUGAUGAUCGUUUUAAGAUGCCAAAAUUCCACAUGCCAUCAUUCGGAAUGAAGGGUCCAAAAGUGGAGGGUCCAGAUGUCGAUGUGAAAGUCCCUAAAGCUGAUAUUGAAGUUAAGGCUCCAGAUGUGGAUAUCAAUGCUCCAGAGUUAGACAUAGAUUUGCCUGAAGGAAAAAUCAAGGGCCCAAAAGUCAAGAUGCCAUCAGUAUCUGGUCCUGAAGGUCUUAAUGUUGAGGUUAAUUUUCCAGAAACAAAAGUGAAAAAGCCAAAAUUCAAAAUGCCCAACUUUGGAUUUAAAGGGUCAAAAAUUGAAGGACCUGAUGUUGAUUUCAAACAUCCGAAAGGACCUAAAGUGAAAGGUCAAGCAGGUGUCAGUUUGGAGGGUGAUGUCUUCAUGCCAAAAUUGGAAGUUGAUUCUUCAAGUGUAGAAGUUAAAAGUCCAGAGGGAGGAUUCAAGAUGCCAAAAUUUAAAAUGCCAAAAUUUGGUUUUAAAUCACCCAACGAAGAAAUUGAUGUCAGUGUACCUUGUGGUGAUGUUGGUUUAAAUUCACCUGAUAUUGACAUCAAAACAUGUGAUCUUAAAGUUGAAGGACCUGAGGGACGAAUCAAGGGCACCAAAUUCAAAAUGCCUUCUAUAUCUGGUACAAACAUUUCUUUGCCAGAUGUAGACUUAAACUUGAAAAGUCCAAAAGUCAAGAGUGAUAUUGAUGUUUCUGGACCCAAGAUUUCAGGGGACAUAAAGGCUCCAAAGAUGGAUAUUGAAUGUCCUGAUGUUGAUGUAGAGGGCCCAGAAGGCGGUUUCAAAAUGCCUAAAAUGAAAAUGCCAUUAUUUGGGUUCAAAGGUCCUAAAUUGGAGGGCCCUGAUAUUGACAUCAAUCUCCCCAAAGCAAAUGUUGACAUUAAAGGAACUGAAAUUGACAUAAAAACUCCUGAUCUUGACAUUGAAGGACCUGAGGGGAAAAUCAAAGGUGCCAAGUUCAACAUGCCUUCCAUAUCAGGUCCAAAGAUCUCUAUGCCAGAUGUCAACUUAAAUCUUAAAGGCCCCAAAUUCAAGGGUGAUAUGGAUGUUUCUGUACCACAAAUUUCAGGGGACAUAAAAGCCCCAAAAGUGGGCAUUGAUGGUUCUGAUGUUGAUAUAGAGGGCCCUGAAGGUGGCUUUAAAAUGCCUAAAAUCAAAAUGCCAUCAUUUGGACUCAAAGGUCCUAAAUUGGAGGGUCCAGAUGUUGACAUCAAAACUCCUGAUUUUGACAUUGAAGGACCUGAGGGGAAAAUCAAAGGUCCAAAGUUCAACAUGCCUUCCAUAUCAGGUCCAAAGAUCUCUAUGCCAGAUGUCAACUUAAAUCUUAAAAGCCCCAAAGUCAAGGGUGAUUUGGAUUUUUCUGUACCAAAGAUUUCAGGGGACAUAAAAGCUCCAAAAGUGGACAUUGAAGGUCCUGAUAUUAAUUUAGAGGGCCCAGAAGGUGACUUCAAAAUGACAUCAUUUGGGCUCAAAGGUCCUAAUGUGGAGGGCCCAGAUGUUGACAUUAGUCUUCCCAAAGCAGAUGUUGACAUUAAAGGACCUGAAAUUGAUGUUAAAGCUCCUGAUAUUGACAUUGAAGGGCCCGAUGGUGGUUUAAAACAUGUUAGGCCCCUCAAAUUCACAGGUCCCAACCUUGGAAUAAAGCCUUCAGGUGGCAAUCUUUUAAUGCCCGAAAAAGAUUUAGGCGCGAGUAUCGAUGUCAAAAGCCCCUAUGUCAAUAUCAGUGGAACAGAUGCAAAUAUCAAGGUGCCAAAAAUGAAGAAAUCUAAAUUUUCACUUGGAGUUAAGAGCCCAAAACUGGAUGCAGAUAUUCCUGAUUCUGGUGGUAGUGCAGAAGGGCCUGAUAUAGAUGUGAAAGAAAAUAAGGGUAAAUUCAAACUGUCUAAAGGGAAGGGAAAGUCUAAAACGUUUGAUGGUGAUAUCAAGUUGGAGACAAAUGAACCUGACCUACAGAUGAAGUCAACCAAAGUAAAGAAACCUCUUUUUGGAAAGUUACAUUUUCCUGAUGUGGAAUUUGACAUCAAAUCUCCAAAAGUUAAAGGUAGUUCAUCUGCAUCUGGAACUAUAAAAUCUAAUGUUGAUUUGCCUUCUGCAAGCCUUAAAACUGAUAUUCAGACACCAGAUGCAGGUUUCAGUGGUCCCAAUUUCCAAACAAAAGGGGAAAAAAUCAAAAUGCUAAACCUCGGCAUUUCUGGCUCUGAGAUAAAAACUCCUGAACUGGAUGUUAGAGAUGUAUCAUUAGAUCUUCCAGAAAAAUCUUUUAAUUCCCAAGAUGUCAGUGUAGCAGGAUCAGGCAUUAAUGGAAAAAGCAGGGCUAACAUUGACAUAGAAGGAAAAAUACAGGAUGUUAGGUUGACAGUGCCUGCUGUAAAUGUCCAUGGUGGUGCUUUAGAUGCUGAUUUAAAUCUCACUGAACAAAAAGGAGUAAAAGGCAGCAUAGAAAUACCAGGCUUUAAUGUAAGAGGACAAAAAGGAGAGACUACAUGUGGGCUAGACAUGAAGCCAGAUGCAUCAUUAUCUGGUGUGAUGGAGUACCAAGAUGUUAAUGUAACCUUUCCUAAAAUCAAAGUACCAAAGUUUGGUGUUGCAUUGCCUAAAGUAGGUUCAGGUGAAUUGGCUGCUGGUUCUAAAGUUAGCUCCCAAAGUCUGGAAAUGGAGAACACUGAUAUGAAAAGCAGUGGUGGAAAAGUGAAAGUCAAAAUGCCAAAAUUAUUUACCAAAUCUAAAUCUAAAGGUGGUAGUGCAGGUGAUCUGACUGUUGAGGGAGAAGAAAUUGAUGUUACCAGUAAAGGUGGUGCAAAGGUGUCUAACGAGUUUAGCCUUAGUUCUGGGGAAUUGACAAGUGGCAAGUUAGCAGUAGAGGGAAGUUCUGGGUUUAAAGUUACACCAAAGAGUAAAUCUGCCUCCCUUGACCUCUUAAAAAGAAAACCGCUUCACUCAUCUUCUGUAAGUGAUGAGGGAGGUUUAGCUUCCCCUGUUUCUGCUAAAGGCCACUUACAGACAGAGGGUGGCAAUGUUUCAGUUGAUGUUGGAGAAAAGGUUAAAGGCAAAAAAGGAAAGUUCAAGUUUGCUACAGUUGGAGGUUUUAGCUCAAAAAGUAAAGGUUCAUAUGAAGUGACAGAUGAAAGCGAGGUUAGAAUGGAGGGGGUUGGUGGAGUUGCUCAGUCUUCAAAGAAGUCCAGAAUGUCAUCAUCAUCUAGCAAUGACAGUGGUUCAAAAAGCAGUUUUCGGUUACCACGACUUGAAAUUGCGGUUUCCCCAAAGAAAUAGUUUUCGCGCUAUUAUCUAUACACAGCACAUUCACA